AUGAGCAGCCAUCAGCCAGAAACCACGGCUCCCGCCGCCGGCUCCACCGGCGGCGGCGGCGGCGGCACGAUCAAGAACGUGCGGCACCGUACAAGCCCUCUCAAGCAGUGCUACCACCUAGCAAUCUCCAACGCGCUGUACCUCCUCCUCGCCCCGGCCGUCGCCUACGCCGCGCACCGCCUGUCCUACCACACCCCUUCCGACCUCGCCUUGGCGACCCGCUCCGCCGCCACCGCCAACACGCCCCUCGCCAUCUCGCUCCUGGUCCUCUCCACCGUCCUCGCGACGGCGUACCUGAUGCGGCGCCCGCGCGCCGUGUACCUGCUCGACUUCGCGUGCUACAAGCCGGGACCCGAGCACGUGGUGACGCGGGAGAGGUUCAUGCGGCAGUCGGAGGCGGCGGGGGUGUUCACGCCCGACAACCUGGCGUUCCAGCGGAAGAUCCUGGAGCGGUCGGGGCUCGGGCAGGGGACAUACUUCCCCAGCGCCGUGCUCAACGCGCCGCCCAACCCGUGCAUGGCGGAGGCCCGCGCCGAGGCCGAGGCCGUCAUGUUCGGCGCCAUCGACCAGGUGCUCGCCAAGACGGGCGUCCGCGCCAGGGACAUCGGGGUCGUCGUCGUCAACUGCAGCCUGUUUAACCCGACGCCGUCGCUGUCCGCCAUGAUCGUCAACCACUACAAGCUCCGUGGGAACGUCGCCAGCUACAACCUCGGCGGCAUGGGUUGUAGCGCCGGGCUCAUCUCCAUCGACCUCGCCAAGCAGCUGCUCCAGGUGCACCGGAACACGUACGCGCUGGUGGUGAGCAUGGAGAACAUCACGCUGAACUGGUACUGGGGCAACAACCGCUCGAUGCUCAUGUCCAACUGCCUCUUCCGGAUGGGCGGCGCCGCCGUCCUCCUCACCAACCGCGGCGGCUCCGACCGCCGCCGCGCCAAGUACCAGCUCGUGCACACGGUGCGUACCCACCACGGCGCCGACGACCGCGCGUACCGGUGCGUGUUCCAGGAGGAGGACGAGACGGGGCGCGUGGGCGUGGCGCUCUCCAAGGACCUCAUGGCAGUCGCCGGCGAGGCGCUCAAGACCAACAUCACGACGCUGGGGCCGCUGGCGCUCCCCAUGUCGGAGCAGAUCCUGUUCCUGGCCUCCCUCGUGGCGCGCAAGGUGUUCGGCGUCCGAGGCCUCCGCCCCUACAUCCCGGACUUCAAGAUGGCGUUCGAGCACUUCUGCAUCCACGCCGGCGGGCGGGCGGUGCUGGACACCAUCGAGAAGAACCUGGAGCUCAGCGCCUGGCACAUGGAGCCGUCCCGCAUGACGCUCAACCGGUGGGGGAACACCUCCAGCAGCUCGCUCUGGUACGAGCUGGCAUACACGGAGGCGCAGGGCCGGGUCCGGCGAGGGCACCGCGCGUGGCAGAUCGCGUUCGGGUCCGGGUUCAAGUGUAAUAGUGCUGUGUGGCGCGCGCUGCGGACGAUUGAUCCGAAGAAGGAGAGCGCCGUCGGGAACCCAUGGGUGGACGAGAUCCAUAGGUUCCCCGUCGAGGUGCCCAAGGUGGAGAGCGUCGUCGUGUCCUGA